CAUGGUAUCCGGACCCCAUCUCUAUCGUAUCCAGUCCUCCAGUUCUUUUCUUUUCCUGCACUCGGCUUUGAACUACGGCUGCCAGCUGGGUCCAAAACGACUGGCUGUGAGAUUCCCGGCAUCCCCAGCGCUGGAGACUUGUACACAAUCAUCAUGGCGUCCCAGGACGGUGGGUACCGGGUCCCCCCCCCUCCUCCCGACCCUCUCUGAGGGUAUGACGAAGUGGAAGAGCUGGGUAUGGAGACAGAUGGACGAAAAUCACAGCAGAGCAGCACAGACGCUGAAGACGGCAGCUCUCAGGCAUCAGACAGCGGUUUAGUGCCACAGGAGGCAGAUGGCUCUGUUAGCAAUGGAGGGGACUCUGAGGCACCCAAAGAAUAUGUAGAAUUUAAGGUUAUUUGGAACAAGAAUAAAUAUGAUGUUAAGCUCCCACUGGAUACCACAGGAGCAAGCCUUAAACAGAAAAUUCACUCUCUUACAGGUCUUCCACCAGCUAUGCAGAAAGUAAUGUUUAAGGGGCUUCUUCCCGAGGAUAAAACACUACGGGAAAUUAAAGUCACAAACGGGGCAAAAGUCAUGGUUGUAGGUUCUACGAUCAAUGACGUGCUGGCCGUUACCACCCCAAAAGAAACGAUCCAGCAAGAGGUAAAAGAAGAGGAAAACAAGAAAGAGCCACUGUGCAGACAGAAGCAACACAGAAAAGUGCUAGACAAAGGCAAACCAGAUGACGUGAUGCAGUCACUGAAAGGGGUGCAGGAGAGGCUCCCAACAACACCUAUAUCUGGUAUGUACAACAAGUCUGGAGGGAAGGUUAGACUGACAUUUAAACUGGAGCAGGAUCAACUGUGGAUCGGUACAAAGGAGAGGACGGAGAAAAUACCCAUGGCUUCCAUUAAAAAUGUGGUCUCAGAACCAAUUGAAGAACAUGACGACUAUCACAUGAUGGCUUUCCAGCUGGGUCCUACUGAAGCAUCUUACUAUUGGGUUUACUGGGUCCCCUCGCAAUACGUGGAUGCCAUCAAGGACACAGUGCUGGGGAAAUGGCAGUAUUUUUGAAGUUAUGUUCACCUCUGGCAUAGGACACGAAAUGCUGGGAGUAACCACAUACAGUCACCUACUCUCCCCAUCCCACACCCGGACACCCCUUUUCCUCCCGCCAUGAUAACCCACUGACCCUCGGUCCACAGAAACUCCCAAACCUGGAACUUAACCCAUUUCAAAGUAUCCUGUGGGUCAAGGAAAGGCCAUAUUGUUGGAGCCAGAGGUGAACACUCACUGCUAGUUUACAUUUUUAACUUUUACAAGUUGCAGGCACACUGCUGCAGCUGCUUCAGCCAUAUAUCCAAGUGAAUCAAGCAAAAAUCCUCUUUUUAUUACCCUUUAGCUGCCAGAGACACCAACAGAACUCCCUCUCAAUUGAUCCCUCACAGUGGCAGCAGAAGGUUCCACUCUCCUGAGGCUUCGGCCGGAAUCACAGGAUGGAGCCGCACAGGGCUCAAUAAAUGCUCUAAGCAAACAGGCCACAUUACCAGCCCAUGCCGAUAAACCCCAGCUUCCUUUCUUGCUCUCUAUAUUAUUAGUUGGUUGUUUUUUUUUUAAUUAUUUUAACUUAAGAUGACAACAAAGCAAGUUCUUUAUUGAUUUAUCUUUAUACCAAGAUGUCCACCGCUGAAUCCUUGGAGGGAAGAUACCCUGCAUUUUUCAGUUGAUAAUUGGAUUUUUUUCAGUUUAAUAUUAAACUGGUGCAGACAGUGCCACGCCAUAUAUACAUGUUGUUCCUUUGCAGGGUGUGAUUGUUUGCGAAAAUCUUGUAGUCAUGCACUAUAUGGAAAAAAGCAUGUGGACUCCCAUCUAAUUAUUGUAAUUGGUUAUUUAAGCCAUACCCAACAAUGCCAGCACUAUAUCAUACAGUGACAUCCUUCCAUGAUUCCUGCGGUGCUGUAACAGUUUGGGGAAUUUUGCAGCAUGAUAAUGCCCCCAUGCACAAAGUAGGGUCCAUACAAAAUGAGUUUCCUGAGAUGAGAAUGGAAGAACCUGAUUGGCCUGCACAGGGCCCUGACCUCAACCCAACUGUGAGAUGAAUUGGAACACAUGGGUUCAUAUAGUCAGUGCUCAAACUUUCCUGUAUGAGGUGAAGCAAACCCCAACAACAAUGUUCCAUCAUCUAGCCGUCCCAGAAGGGAACAGGAUAAAGGCAGCUGAGAAAGGCCCAACUUCAUAUUAAUACCCUCAAUUGUAAGUGGAGAUGUUGGACAGGUCCACAUACUUUUUACCAUACAGUGUAUCUGAAAUUUUGACCCCCAUUCCUGGCUGAGGAUGGUGGUAUUUUCCCUAUUUAUUAGUAGGACUAUUUGCUAUUGGAAUAAGAGGUUAUGGCUUACUAACCAGGCAAGCAAAUCCUUCAUGGGACGUGCCUAAUGGAAAAGGUCACUUUAGAUACCAACAGAACAACACUUCUCAUGAUCAGAAAUUGGAUGUGUUGUUUUUCUAGAGAAUGCCUAGAGUUAGUUAUUGUGAUGGUUAAAUGCGAACAUGCUGAGUAGGAAUGUUCUGGGCACUUUAAGAAGCAAUAUGCCACACAUGAAUGAUAGCAGCAUUUACAUAUCCAGUAUGUGUUGGGUUUAUAUACCCACCCCUGAGUGCCAAAUAGAAUAGCUGGGAAUGCCCAAACUGAUCUUAUUAAUUGGCCAACCAUGGGACAGCUGUCAAGCAGUGAUUUAGUUUCAUUGCUUUUGAUGGCACUGUACCUGGGAAUUAUCCUGCUCAACUGUGCCUACUACAGGGGAAUACCUUUGCUGGCUUAGAUAUAUGGUAUCUCUCUGAACAAGCUAUUGGGCAAUGAAGAAGUUGCUCCCAGUAUGUAGUCGCAUUCAUAGGAGAACAACAAAUGAAUGGCACAGUGGUUGUUGUAUUGAAUAAAGUUGGACAUACACGGUAUUAUCUGCUCACUUGGCAGGAUUGCCAGACAAGCGGAUCUUCUCCCUAUAUGCCCACCUAAGGUCUAGGGCCAAACAAUCAAAUUACAGUCAUGGGCAUAGGUGCUGUUGGUGAACCAAUGUGGUCCCCGAUCCGACAGAAAGUCAAACCUGCCUAAUUGGUGUCUGUCGGGUAGGCCCGUUGGGGGUGCCCAUACAUAGCAGCUUAAUUGCUCAGUCGGCAUCUGAAAUCUGCCCGUGUAUGGCCACCUUUAGAGUCAGACUGAAAUAGCUUUCUUGCAGCCAUGUGAAUGAGGGCAUCAUGGAGCUUACUAACAUAGGAGCUAAGUGUCAUAGACUCAGCAAUUGGCUUUGAUCAGAUGAGAAUUUGCUAUGAAUAACU